AUGGGAUUGACUACUAAACCGCUAUCUUUGAACGUUAACGCCGCUUUGUUCGAUGUCGACGGUACCAUAAUUAUCUCCCAACCAGCCAUUGCUGCUUUCUGGAGAGAUUUUGGUAAAGAUAAGCCUUACUUCGAUGCCGAGCACGUCAUCGAAGUCUCACAUGGUUGGAGAACUUAUGACGCUAUCGCCAAGUUUGCUCCUGAUUUUGCCAACGAAGAUUACGUUAACAAGCUGGAAGGUGAAAUUCCAGUAAAAUAUGGUGAAAAAUCCAUUGAAGUUCCAGGUGCUGUGAAGUUGUGCAAUGCCUUGAACGCUUUACCAAAAGAAAAAUGGGCUGUGGCCACUUCUGGUACCCGUGAUAUGGCCCAAAAGUGGUUCGAACAUUUGGGAAUUAAGAGACCAAAAUACUUCAUCACAGCUAAUGACGUUAAACAAGGUAAACCUUUCCCUGAACCAUAUUUGAAAGGUAGAAAUGGUCUAGGGUACCCAAUCAACGAACGCGAUCCUUCCAAAUCCAAGGUAGUUGUCUUUGAAGACGCCCCAGCUGGUAUUGCUGCCGGUAAGGCUGCUGGUUGUAAGAUCAUCGGUAUUGCUACUACUUUCGAUUUGGAUUUCUUAAAGGAAAAGGGCUGUGAUAUCAUUGUCAAGAACCACGAAUCUAUUAGAGUUGGCGGUUAUAACGCCGAAACGGAUGAAGUUGAAUUCAUCUUUGAUGACUACCUAUAUGCUAAGGACGAUUUAUUAAAGUGGUAA